AUGGAUGGACUGAUGAGGAUGGAGAGACAGAAGUUUCCUUUCACUAUUGAAAACAUACUGAGCAAAUAUCCUAACAGUAAUGGAGACAGACGGCCGCGUGGAGCAAGUGGUGCUGGACUAAAAGAGAAGGCAGUGAGUCCUGCUGGAGGCCAGACAGAGGCUGUUCAUCACGCCUGCCUGUGCUGCUGCUACUGCUCCCACUGUGGAGACAUAUAUCAGCCUGAUUUCAUUCAUGAAGAUCUCCUCCCUGCAGCCUGUCAGUACGGAUGGCCCCCGGCUAUGCUCACAGACCCAUGCAGGCUGGGAGACGCUCACAGGGAGGAGCAGUCACCCGGUCAGGUGCAGAGGCGAACCAGACGUCACCGCACUAUUUUCACAGAGGAGCAGCUGGAUGCACUGGAGGAGCUGUUCCUGCAGAACCAGUAUCCAGAUGUGACCACAAGGGAGAAACUAGCACAGCGUACUCACUUAAGGGAAGAAAGAGUCGAGGUUUGGUUUAAAAACCGAAGAGCAAAAUGGAGGCGUCAGAAAAGACUUUCAUUUGGGGUGGGAAACACAGAAAACUGAAUUUUGGACUGUAUAUAUGGACGACUACACUGAAAAAGAAGACAGCUGUGAAUGUGUGUGAGCUUGAGUUACAUCAAUAAAAGGAUUUUUUUAAAAUGCCAAUGUUAUUAAAUGUAAUAGUCAGACAUUUUUGUCAGUCAAAUCAUGUUACGGUAGACAGUUUUGUAGCCUAUUUGUGAAUGUGAUUGUUUGAGUGCAUGAUUAAGGACUUGCAGUAUAUGCUAAUACUAAUCCUGAAUAUCAAAUUUUGAAUCUGUGACUGGAUUGUUUGCACUGCUGUGAUAAAAAGUGUCCUUGAGAACAAAUAAAG